AUGGUGCCCCAGGAGGAGCUGCCAGUGCUCGAGUCGUUCAUCAACAUUCGUAAUCGUCUCACUGCUCUCAAGAAGGACUCGACCAGGUUCAUCCGCGCGCAAGAUGUACUAUCCAUCUACAAGGAGAUUGUCAAGCAACUGGCAAAACUCACUGACAUCCGCGAGGAGCGCACGGAGGGAUCCUCCAGCCUCAACACUCCCAUCCCAGGCGGCUUUGAGCCCAACCGCGUCGAUACCAUCAUCGCAGAUGUCUUUUCCCUCAUCAGCCUCAUGUUCCUCACUGUCGGCAAGAGCCGGGAGAGCCCCGCGAUUUACGGCCAGAUUGCCAGCAUGCGUCAAAUACUUACCCAUCUCGACGAGUCGGGCAUUUACACCGAGGCGUACCUCCAAGGCUUCAAAGAUCGCAUUGAUCAGCUUCGCGACAUUAUCAAGCACGAUCGUGACGAGCAGCAGCACCCCGAGGCAGUGAUCAAGUACAUGUCAUGGAAGCUUGACGGCAAUGAGGCUAUCCUCAAGACCCUCAUGGAAUCGCUUGGUGUACUCAACGUCGAGCUCGUGCCAAUCCACAACCGCUUAGUGGCACUGCGGAAGCAGCUCAUCGCCCUUGCUAGUCAACCCAAGGUACCCAAGGCCGAGUUGAAGCCCAUUGUCGAGGAGCUCCGGAAGAUCGACUCAAAGCGUGUCGACGGCAAGUUCCUCGGCCCUGGCGGCUCGUCCGUGCCCGAAGGACAGGCACUGCUUGGCGGCCUGAUCGACUCGUGCUUCGAGAUCGUGCAGGACAUCAAGGCGCGUGAGGCCGAAGACGAGGUCAGCCCACCGCUGCGGCCCAUCUACGAGCGCCUGUCGCAGCUCGUACAGCAGCUUGAACAGCUCACACACACACACCGCUGGACGCUACGCGAGACGGACCUGUAUAACUAUCUGCUGCAACUGCGCGAGGUCGACUCGAAGCGCGUCGACGGCAAGUUCGUUAACGCGGCAGGAGAGAAGGCUCAAGGCCAAUACGUUCUUCUCUACCUUCUGCGCAGGUGUUACGGCUUAAUCUACCGCCUGAUGGCCGAAUCCGAACCCAUCUCGGAGGAGCUGGUGCCGGUGGCCAACAAGCUCUCGACAAUCAAAAAGUGCCUCAACGAGGUGCUCAAGUAUGGCGGCCCGUAUAGCCCGCGUGACCUGUAUCCCUAUCACAUGGCGUUGCAUCAAAUCGACUCGCUGCGCAAGGACGGCAAGUUCCUCGCGGACGACGGCAGCGUGCCCGAGGGUCAGGCGAUCCUCAACGCACAGUUGUCCGAGGCACACGAGCUGCUCGAGAUGCUCAAGGAGAGCAUGUCGGACGAUGACGACGACAGCGACGAUUAG